AUGUCGGGAUCCCAAAAUGGGAAAGGGGGCUUGCAGGAGACCCCAGAGGAAGGACCAGUUCAGCCAGCUGACAGACUGAGCCCGGGACCCGAGUGGGGCCUCUCCCUGGAGCCCAGAGCGGGUGGUCCGGACCACCCCGGCUCAGACACCCCCCGUCGGCGGCUCCAGCACGGCAAGCACAAGAGCCAGGGAGCAGGGGGCACCCAGCGCUCCCCGAGGGCCCUCUUCUGCCUGAGCCUCAACAAUCCUCUCAGGCGCUCCUGCAUCAGCAUUGUAGAGUGGAACGGUCUCCCUGGCCUGCAGGAGCAAGUGGAAUACGUGUUCCUCAUCAUCUUCACGGCGGAGACUUGCCUGAAGAUCGUAGCCUAUGGGCUAGUGCUGCAUCCCAGCGCCUACAUCCGUAACGGGUGGAACCUACUGGACUUUGUCAUCGUCGUGGUCGGGCUGUUCAGCGUGCUCCUGGAGCAGGCCCCCAACAGAUCACGGGAUGCCCACCACCCAAGUGGGAAACCCGGUGGCUUCGACGUCAAGGCACUGAGGGCAUUCCGGGUCCUGCGUCCGCUGCGCCUCGUCUCCGGAGUGCCCAGCCUGCACAUCGUGCUGAACUCCAUCAUGAAGGCCAUGGUGCCUCUGCUGCACAUCGCACUCCUCGUGCUCUUUGUCAUCAUCAUCUACGCCAUCAUCGGCCUCGAGCUCUUCAUCGGCCGCAUGCACAAGACCUGCUUCUACGUCGGCUCCGAGCUGGAGGCAGAGGAAGACCCCUCCCCCUGUGCCUUCUCCGGACACGGCCGCCAGUGUACAACCAACAACACCGAGUGCCGGGGGCGUUGGGCCGGACCCAACGGGGGCAUCACCAACUUCGACAACUUCUUCUUCGCCAUGCUCACUGUGUUUCAGUGCAUCACCAUGGAGGGCUGGACGGAUGUACUCUACUGGAUGCAGGAUGCGAUGGGCCACGAACUGCCCUGGCUUUACUUCGUCAGCCUCGUCAUCUUUGGCUCCUUCUUCGUCCUCAACCUGGUGCUGGGUGUGUUGAGCGGGGAGUUCUCCAAGGAGCGAGAGAAGGCCAAAGCCCGGGGAGACUUUCAGAAGCUGAGGGAGAAACAGCAGAUGGAGGAGGACCUGCGGGGCUACCUGGACUGGAUCACACAGGCCGAGGACCUGGAGCCUGACGACGGUCAGGGGGAGGAGGAGAUGGCCAAGGAGAGACGGCACCACCGUGUGACUCUGGCCGACCUGACAGACAAGAAGCGGAGCCGCUUACACUGGUUCAGUCAUUCCACUCGUUCCGCCAGCAGCCACGCGAGCCUCCCGGCCAGUGAGACGGCAUCGGUGACCACAGAGAACACCGGGGAGGAAGAGGCCACGGGCUGCUGUGCCACUUGCAUAGUGAAGAUCGCAAAGACUAAAGUCUGCCGCUGGCUCCGCCGAUCCAACCGUCUGCUGCGCAGGAAGUGCCGGCUGGCCGUCAAGUCUGCGUCCUUCUACUGGAUGGUGCUGCUCCUGGUCUUCCUCAACACGCUGACCAUCGCCUCGGAGCACCACAACCAGCCCCCUUGGCUCACCCAGAUCCAAGCCUAUGCCAACAAGGUGCUGCUGUCGCUGUUCACCCUGGAAAUGCUGCUGAAGCUGUACAGCCUAGGCCCCCAGGCCUACGGCGUCUCCUUCUUCAACCGUUUCGACUGUUUCGUGGUGUGUGGGGGCAUCUUAGAGACCGCACUCGUAGAGCUGGACAUCAUGCAGCCUUUGGGCAUCUCCGUGUUGCGCUGCGUCCGCCUGCUCCGCAUCUUCAAGGUCACUAGGCACUGGGCGUCCCUCAGUAACCUGGUGGCAUCGCUGCUGAACUCAAUGAAGUCCAUCGCCUCUCUGCUGCUGCUGCUUUUCCUCUUCAUCAUCAUCUUCUCCCUGCUCGGCAUGCAGCUCUUCGGGGGCAAGUUCAACUUCGACGAGACCCAGACCAAGCGCAGCACCUUUGACACCUUCCCCCAAGCCCUGCUCACAGUUUUCCAGAUCUUGACUGGGGAGGACUGGAAUUCUGUGAUGUACGAUGGCAUCAUGGCUUAUGGGGGACCCUUCUUCCCUGGCAUGCUGGUCUGUGUCUACUUCAUCAUCCUCUUCAUCUGUGGAAACUACAUCCUGCUGAACGUCUUCUUGGCCAUCGCUGUGGACAACCUAGCAGGUGGAGACAAUAUCAACACCUCCAAGGGCCAGGACAAGGACAAGAAGAGAAUGGAGGAGAGGAGCGCGGAAGGGGAGCGGACGCAGGAUCGUGGCGUUUCGACAGCCCUGAUGACCAAAAUGACUCCAGUGUCCCAUGACCAGGUAUCCUGUGGAGAAGAGGAGGACAGUGAGGCAGAGAGCUUGGCAGAGUCCCAGCUGGAAAAGCUUCAAGAGGUGGUGCCCAAGGAGAAGGUGGUACCCAUUCCUGAGGGCAGCUCCUUCUUCUGCCUCAGCCAAACCAACCCAUUACGGGUCGGCUGCCACGCGCUGAUCCACCACCAUGUCUUCACCAACCUCAUCCUCGUCUUCAUCAUCCUCAGCAGCGUCUCUCUAGCCGCCGAGGACCCCAUCCGGGCUCACUCCUUCCGGAACCACAUCUUGGGCUACUUUGACUACGCUUUCACCUCCAUCUUCACUGUGGAGAUCCUACUCAAGAUGACGGCCUUCGGUGCCUUCCUCCACAAAGGCUCCUUCUGUCGCAACUGGUUCAACCUGCUGGACCUGCUGGUCGUCAGUGUCUCCCUCAUCUCCUUCGGCAUCCACUCCAGCGCCAUCUCAGUGGUGAAGAUCCUGCGGGUGCUGCGGGUGCUGAGGCCCCUGAGAGCCAUCAAUCGGGCCAAGGGUCUCAAGCACGUGGUGCAGUGCGUGUUCGUGGCCAUCCGGACCAUCGGGAACAUUAUGAUCGUCACCACGCUGCUGCAGUUCAUGUUCGCCUGCAUCGGGGUGCAGCUCUUCAAGGGGAAGUUUUAUAGUUGCACUGACGAGGCCAAGCACAAUCCUGGGGAGUGCAAAGGCACAUUCAUCGUGUACCAGGACGGAGACGUGAACCACCCCAUGGUGAGAGAGCGGGUCUGGCACAACAGCGAUUUCAACUUUGACAACGUACUGGCGGGCAUGAUGGCGCUCUUCACCGUCUCCACCUUCGAGGGCUGGCCCGAUCUGCUGUAUAAGGCCAUUGACGCCCACGCAGAGAACCAGGGUCCCAUCUACAACUACCGCGUGGAGAUCUCUGUCUUUUUCAUCGUCUACAUCAUCAUCAUCGCCUUCUUCAUGAUGAACAUCUUCGUCGGCUUCGUCAUCAUCACCUUCCGGGCCCAGGGAGAGCAGGAGUACAAGAACUGCGAGCUGGAUAAGAACCAGCGCCAGUGCGUGGAAUAUGCUCUCAAGGCUCAACCACUUCGCCGCUACAUCCCCAAGAACCCAACCCAGCACCGCGUCUGGGCCGCCGUCAACUCGACUGCCUUUGAAUACAUUAUGUUUGUGCUGAUCCUUCUCAACACCAUUGCCCUUGCCAUGCAGCACUAUGAGCAGACUGCCCCUUUCAAUUAUGCCAUGGAUAUCCUCAAUAUGGUCUUCACCGGGCUCUUCACUGCGGAGAUGUUACUCAAGAUCAUCGCCUUCAAGCCCAAGCACUACUUCUGUGAUGCCUGGAACACGUUUGAUGCACUGAUUGUCGUGGGCAGCCUGGUGGACAUCGCUGUGACCGAAGUCAACAAUGGAGGACACUUGGGGGAGAGCUCGGAGGACAGCUCUCGCAUCUCCAUCACCUUCUUCCGCCUCUUCCGUGUCAUGCGCUUGGUGAAGCUGCUCAGCAAGGGUGAAGGCAUACGCACAUUGCUGUGGACAUUUAUCAAAUCCUUCCAGGCUCUGCCGUACGUAGCGCUCCUCAUAGCUAUGAUAUUCUUCAUUUAUGCUGUCAUCGGCAUGCAGACCUUUGGGAAGGUGGCGAUGCAGGAUGGGACCCAGAUCAAUCGCAACAACAACUUCCAGACCUUCCCCCAGGCCGUACUCCUGCUCUUCAGGUGUGCCACUGGGGAGGCAUGGCAAGAGAUCAUGUUGGCCAGCCUGCCGGGAAAACGCUGUGACCCUGAAUCCGACUAUGGUCCUGGAGAGGAGUUCACCUGCGGCAGCAACUUCGCGAUUGUCUAUUUCAUCAGUUUCUUCAUGCUCUGUGCCUUUCUGAUCAUUAACCUCUUUGUGGCUGUCAUUAUGGACAACUUUGACUACCUGACCCGUGACUGGUCCAUCCUAGGGCCCCAUCACCUGGAUGAAUUCAAGAGGAUCUGGUCUGAGUAUGACCCGGCUGCCAAAGGCCGCAUCAAACAUUUGGAUGUGGUGGCUCUGUUGCGUCGGAUCCAGCCUCCUCUGGGGUUUGGCAAGCUCUGUCCUCACCGGGUAGCCUGCAAGAGGCUCGUGGCCAUGAACAUGCCCCUCGAUGCAGAUGGGACGGUCACGUUCAACGCCACGCUCUUCGCCCUGGUGAGGACCUCGUUGCGGAUCAAGACUGAGGGGAACCUGGAUCUGGCCAAUCAGGAGCUGCGCAUCGUCAUCAAAAAGAUCUGGAAACGCACCAAACCGAGGCUCCUGGAUGAGGUCAUACCCACACCCGAAGAGGAGGAGGUCACCGUGGGGAAAUUCUAUGCCACCUUCCUGAUUCAGGACUAUUUCCGCAAGUUCAGGCGGCGGAAGGAAAGAGGUCUUCUGGGCUCCGAGGCCUCGCCCAGCCGUUCCUCUGCCCUGCAGGCUGGACUGAAGAGCCUGCAGGACCUGGCCCCUGAGAUGCGGCAGGCCCUGUCCUGUGAUCUAAAGGGAGGGGAGACUGAGGGUCAGAAGGCUGAAUCCCGCCUGGCCCCAGACAACCCCCGGCCACCUUCUCGCUGGACCUCCGCGACCUCUCUGCCCUUAAACACUGGGGACAGUGAGCCCUCAACAGGUGGCCCCCCAGGCUCCCUCAGCUCCCCUGCCGCCAGUCAGCCUCGUGGCCCCCGGGGCGCCGGUGAGGAGGAGGAAGAGGAGGAGGGCAGCCCCAGCCCCGGUCAGCCCAUGGAGUCACGGCUCGGGCCUCACUCCCUCAGGAGUCCGGGGGUCGUCUGCUUCCCCCCGACCCUCCCGGAGGGACCAGCCACCCCAGAGGGCUCUGGGGUGGAGACCAGGGUGGAACGGAGCUACGGCAGCCGUGAGGACGUAGCACGGGGUCCCCAGGCCCAAGGCAGGUACGUGGCUAGCGCGGGGCACAGGUCGGCCCCACCAACACCAAAAGAGCGAGAAAAAGACACUGAGGGACGCUCGCUCUCUUUAGAUGGGCCAGCGAUUGUGUCUAACUCUGACCUGCGUAUUUUUUCCCGGCGCUUAGUACAGUCUCUGCCGGGAGACCCGAGCCCAGACCGGCGCGGAGACUCGGCCGGGGGGUCCCUGCCCCUCCCCCGGCCCUUCCGCCACUUCUCCCAGAGCCGGGCCGCCGGGAGGUUGGACGGUCACCGGGCCCAACGCCGUCGCCUGCUGCCCCCAACUCCUGCCGGUAAGGAACGGGGUGGGUGGGGAAGGGGAGGCAGUGAUUCAGAGGCCCAGAGGUUGAUCGAGAGAUGCCCAGGAGCCACUGGGGAGCCUGUGCGUGUGUUUGUGUGUGUGUGUGUGAGUGCCUGUGAGAAUUACACCACUCAUGAAAGCGUGCAAGCGGUGUUGGCAUCUCCACCAUCAGUCCUCUGCAGAAGCCCGCUUGCUCAUGCCUCCAUAACCCCUGUCCUGGGAAGGGAGAGUGUACCCACUGUGUUGGGCGGGGAAGGGAGAGUGAUGCAGCUGCCUGCCCUCCUCCUCCCUCCCCACCCGGAUCGGCCAAAUCCCCCAGGCCGGAAGCCAAGUUUCACCAUCCAGUGCCUGCGGCGCCAGGGCAGCUGUGAGGACAUGCCCAUCCCAGGCACCUACCAUCAGAACCCGCCUCCGGGGCGCCGCCGGCCACAGGGCUCCGGGACUUCGUCCCAGUCGUGGGCCAACCCUGUGCCACGUGGCCGUCUUCUCUACGCCCCCCUGAUCCUGGUGGAAGAGGCCAGAGGAAAUGGCUGGGAAAGGGGUGCAGGGGGUAGCCUCCCUCCCCGGGGCCGGGACAGCUGGUACCAGGAGGAACCCGAGGGACCCUACCGCGCCUACACCCAGCUCCGCGUGCCCACCCAGAGACCGUCCGGCUCCCGCGGCAAGAGGGGCAGCGCCGACAGCCUGGUGGAGGCUGUGCUGAUCUCGGAGGGGCUGGGUCUCUAUGCCAGAGAUCCCAAGUUUGUGGCAUUUGCCAAGAGGGAGAUAGCGGAUGCCUGGCACCUGACCAUGGACGAAAUGGAGAGCGCAGCCAGUGACCUGCUCGGGCUCUCCGCUCGUGGGCCCCUGUACAGUGACCAGGAGUCCUGCUGCUCCCGCGAGGAGGAGGAAGAAGAGGAGGAGGACCUGGGGGAUGAGAUGGCCUGCGUCACCACCCCCUGAGCCCAGGCUUGGGUGGGGGCCACCGGGCUGGAGGGGCUACCGCCGAUGGCCAGAUCAACCCUACGGGAACCCGGGACUCCAGUGUUUUUGUCUCUGGGCUUGGGCCCUGGAGGCCGGCAUCCUCUGCCCUAGCUGAGGGAGGAGAUUCUGGGAUGGAGGGGGUUGGCAGGAAGAAUUUCCCGCCUCUGUGAAGAAUGCCAGGGGCCUCCACAGCUUCCCCCUCCCCUGAGCCGGUCUCCCCCCUCGGGCUGGGAGGACAGUUUGCAGCCAAGAAACCAGGCCAGUUCCAGCACCUGCACCUGUGAGCAGCCUUAGUUAUGCAGCGUCUGGGAUGCAAAGCAGCUAAAAAAAGCAGGAAAGCAGGACAGUGUGGGGGCCGGGGACACACUGAGAUAAAGCGAGACAGGCAUAUGGGAAGAGAUAG